AUCGCUCGAGGGCUCUGAUUCAGUGCGCAACAGUUGGGACAGGACUCUGACUCACUACAGUGCCGCGAGAACGUUUUGAGUAUAGUAAUUAAUGUGCAUGGUCUCACGUGUUUGACAUCUGAGUAUAAUUAUGAUUUCUGUUAGCUUUAAAUCAGUACAUGUGCGACAUUGAUAAAUUAAAACAUAUAGCUGUUUUGCAGUAGUGCACAGUCUUCGUUCUCGAGGCAUCAAGAAAAUAUUAACAAGGCUGUCACGGACCUCGCCAGGGACAUGGGUCAGCUUUGCGCUGCAACACUCUUACCAUUUGGUGCCAUCUGCGUUGUUUUUAUUUGGGAUUGUGGUGCAAGUUCUUUAAUAAAAACAAGAUUUGCAGUGCUCACUUCAGGGGAGGAGUGUCCGGAAAACAAGGUAGUGACAGUGGAGUACCCCUGUAUUACAGCAAGGGGCACGGAUGGCACCUGUCUCAGGAGGAAAUGCUGUGAGGGCUUCAGGUUCGUGAUGGGCCAGUGCAUACCUGAAAAUGUGGAUGUGUGUUCUGGCUCCCCCUGUGAACAGCAGUGCACCGACAACUUUGGACGGGUUGUCUGCACCUGUUACCCCGGAUACCGCUUUGAUCGAGAGAGGCAUCGAAACCACCAGACCUACUGUUUAGACAUCGAUGAGUGUGUGGAGUCCGACGGCAGUGUCUGUGAUCACGACUGCGAGAACACCGUGGGCAGUUUCCUGUGUCGCUGUCGCAGGGGUUACAUCCUGGCACCGGACAAGCAGUCCUGUAUACCCAGUCACAACCUGAGCUCGUCAGGGAAGUCUGACACCCUGAUGAGUGCUGGCUCCUGCUCCCUCACCUGUCAGGACUUUGUCAACAUGAGGAACAGCCUGCUGCAGCUCAAACUGAGGCUGGGCAGCACUCAGUCACCUAACCAGGUGUUGUCUCCUGGCCUGGCUAACAGCAGUGAUAAGCCGUCUGCUGGGAGGUUGGGGAAAGGUCCUGACACCCCCGCCCUCCCUGGUCCUCCAGGCUCUCCAGGAUCCCGUGGGGUCCCAGGCCAAUCAGGAGUGCCGGGGGAGAAGGGAGAGCCUGGAGAGAGAGGCCGGACCGGCCCCCAGGGGCCACGGGGAGACAUGGGCCCUAUGGGCCCCGAGCCUGACCUGGAGCACAUCAAGAGGGGUCGCAGAGGAGCUGUGGGACCUCCUGGCGCACCAGGCAGAGAUGGACUGAAGGGUGACAGGGGAACUCCUGGUCCCAGAGGUCUACCAGGACCUCCCGGCUCCUUUGACUUCCUCCUGGUCAUGAUGGCCGACAUUCGCAUUGACAUCAUCGAGCUUCAGGAGCAAGUGUUUGGGAAGAGGCAGGGCCUCUCCUUAGACAACCCGCCCCACUCCAGCGGAGAGACAGGGUUCGGAGAGUGGGGCUCCGGACAAGGAGAGUUUAUGCUCAAUACCUGACCUCCAUAGACUUGCCCACGGUAACUGUCACUCAAAACAAUAAGCCAAAGGGAACUAAUUAAUCAACUGGCUCUUGUAAAGCAGAGACAUUGAACUGACUGAACUGACUCCUUUCCUCCAGUGAAAACUUGUCUCUAAAACCCAAAUAGGACUGUAUGAGGUGAGGAGACCUCUGAUCAGCUCUCUCUCCUGUCAGAGACAUAGACUAUAAACAAACAGAGAGAGAGAGAGAGAGAGAGAGAGAGAGAGAGAGAGAGAGAGAAAUGGCAAAAAUGGAACCACUGACCCUCCAAACCAAACCACUGCAAGCUUUGCCUUGCCGCCUUGAUGUUUCCUUCGUGCCUGGUCUGGUCUGACUGAGGAGAGGGGGUAUGCCUUUGCUGCGAGGCACAGGGUGGUGAUGGUUGUAGCCCUGUGUGACUGUGUCUUUGUGCGCUCUGAGCUGAACAGCUUCAAACACAGCAGGGGCUUUAUCGUCUGCAUCUCUUCCUGUUCCUGUCAAAUCUGUACAGUUCGAGGAGAGGAGACGCUGGUCGGUCGCUGCCUGACAUUACUUACCUGCCCUGCAGGUAACCAGACCAGACCAGACUCAGGCCCCAGACUGCACCUGUCCAUACAACAACCCAACUCAACAGCUUAUAUACUGCUGCCACUACACUACAGACUAUCUGAAGCAUCUUUAGAGAUACAGUACAUAUACUACAUUAGCAAAAGUAUGUGGAUACCUGCUCAUCCAACAUCUCAUUCCAAAAUCAUGGGCAUUAAUAUGGGGUUAGUCCCCCUUUGCUGUUUUAACAGCCUCCAUUUUCUGGAAAGGCUUUCCACUACAUGUUGGAACAUUGCUGCGGGAACUUGCAUCCAUUCAGCCAUAAGAGCAUUAGUGAGGUCGUGCGAUUAGGCCUGGCUCGCAUUCGGCGUUCCAAUUCAUCCCAAAGGUGUUAAAUGGGGUUGAGGUCAGGGCUCUGUGCAGGACGGUCAUGUUCUUCCACACCGAUCUCGACAAACCAUUUCUGUAUGGACCUCGCUUUGUGCACAGGGGCAUUGUCAU